AGUCGUGCGACACCAGCCGCGCUCAUGGCAUCUAAUGACAGAAAGGAUGAGUGGCAAAAUGCACCUAAUGCGCCGUCGCUUUACCCUCAAGUCCCUCCUCAGGGUUUCUACGCCCCCCCGCAAAAUAAUGAACAAGGUGGCCAGUACAAUGGCGUGCCACCUAUGUAUCAACCCGCGGUCGCACAGCCAAUGAUGGUUCAAGGUCAACCCGUAUACGUGCAGCAGCCGGCGUCGGGAAACUAUUACACACCACAACAAGUACAGGUCGUCCAACCGCACUCUCAGUUUCAGAACCCACAGCAGUACCCCAGUAAGACCGGCGCCGUGGAAAUGCAGCAGUACCGACCGGAGCCGCAGUAUCAACAGCCGGAAAAACCUCUUCCAAUGACACAGCCCGGAAAGCCGGGGGCGGGCGAGACGGGGGGCGACACGGCGUCCGGUGCUGCGAGUGGGGGGGGAGACAGAGACGCGGCCAAAUGCCAGGACGCAUGGGCGGCAGUCCUCUUCCUCGCCCACUUGGGCUUCAUCGCUUACCUGGCUUUUGCACGUGGACUGAAGGCGUUGAGGGACCAAGACCUGACGACAGACACCCCCACGACCGAAGACCCCACGGGCGAGCACUAUCGCAUCGCAGAGAGCGGCCUCACCUCCGUGUACAUUGGUUUAGCCGUCGUCUUGGGGGCGGCCGCCGCCUGGUCGGCACUCUGGACGGGCAUCUUACUCCGGAACGCGGCUCACAUCAUCACGGCCGCGUUGAUUGGGAGCAUUAUCAGUUCGGGCGUGGGCGUCAUUCUGGCCCUCGUGUACGGGAACUUCGUGAUGGCCAUUAUGGCGGGGCUCAUGGGCGCGAUCCAAGUCAUGUGGUAUUACUGCGUGAGGGACCGAAUUCCCUUCGCCUCCAUGAAUCUGAAGUGCUCCGCGACCGCCACCCUUCAAUACCCUUCCAUCCUCUUCCUGGCGGCUGUGAUGACGGUCGUCCAGAUGGGGUGGGCACUCCUAUGGCAGUUGGCCGCGUACGGCGUCGCCGUCACCAAGGGGGCCGAGAUCGUUGUCAUCGAAGGGACGAGCUUUCUGCUUUCUCAGUGCACGGACACUGCCGGCGCCUGUGCCUGCUCCCGGGAGACGGCAGAGGGUGUGGUGGCCCUCUCCGAGGCCGGCGUCUGCAAGGACUUGAGCGAAUUUUCCGCGAACGUGUCGCCGCUUAUCAUGUUCCUCCUUUUCAUCUCCUUGUUUUGGGGCAGCUUGGUAGUAAAGAACGUCCUGUUCUGCUCGGCGGCGGGCAUGGUGGCCGACUGGUGGUACAGCGGACAGAACAAGGGUGUCGUCUCCAAGUCCUUCUUCCGGGCCUCUAGCACCUCCUUCGGCUCCAUCUGUUUCGGUUCCCUGAUCCUUGCCGUGCUGCGGGCCUUGCGGCAGAUGCUGCACGCUGGCCGGAGACAGGGGCAACGGGAGAACGCCUUGACCUGCGUGGUGAACUGUCUGAUGGCCAUCAUCGAACGCCUGAUGCAGAUAUUCAACCGGUACGCCAUGGUCUACUGUGCCACCUACGGAACAGGCUUCCGGGAGUCCGGGACCAAGACCUUCGAGCUCUUCAAACGCGCGGGUCUGACGGCGAUCAUCAACGACGAUCUUGCCGAAACUGCCCUCAAUCUGGUCGCCCUGAUUAUUGCCUUGCUCACGGCCGUGGUCGGCUUUGUGUACGGAACCAUGUUUGGGUUGGGGGGAAAUUGGCCAGUCAUCUUAGCGGUGGUGGGUUUUUUCGCGGGAUUCUUUGUCAGUUUGAUCGUCAUGAGUGUCCUGGACGCGGGCGUGGCCACUGUCUUUGUGGUCUUUGCGGAAGACCCUCAGGCUUUCGCGCAAUCCCACCCAGCCUUGUAUGAGGAAUUGGCGCAGGCCUGGGCCAAAAUUGGGUAUGACCCGGCUCGCCGGAGUGUCACCAGAGUUUAAAGCGAUCAACGACGGCGCGACUUGGAAGGGAUGGGGGGCCGAAGAUUGCUUGCGCAGGCAGUAAACGAGGUCAUACAGGGUACAAAAGAAGGAAUGUGCAUGUCCGAGAUAUAUAGAAUGAGACCAUGGAGAAGCAGGGGGGUCGGAAAGGUCCUGCGGGAGCCGGGGGGAGGGAGGACAAGGAUUAUGGCGGCUGUGAAAAUUUGGUCCAUGAUUACGCGGUGCUCAAGAGAUUUACGUCGAUUAUGCAGGCAUCUCAAUAAAGCUGUGACAUUCCGUUGGCCACUUGCAGGCAAGCAGCCGCCUUAGACUAGCCGGCUAAGUGCUCGCGGCGAAGCUUCGUAGGUAUAUAACAUCCUUCUAUGCGCGGCCCUACCAUAAGAAAAACAACUUUAAAUGCAAUCUGCGAU